UUGCGACCAUUUUGAUUUUUGCGACGUACGUUUGCGUUACGGCUAACGAUAUUCAAACAAUCGAAAUUUAUUAACACUUAAACUUGAACGUAUAAUAUGGACCUAGAGAAGCUGAUAUUGCUAGUUAGACAGAAUGAGUGCAUCUACAAUAGUCAACACUCCAAUCACAAGAAUACAGAGGAGAAGGAGGCAAUCUGGAAUAAUAUAGCUAUAUGUAUGGGAUAUACAGUUCGUGAUUGUAUGAGGGCAUGGAGGAAUUUGAGGGAAAGGUUUGGAAGGGAACGGAGGAUCUGUUCCAAUGGAGACUCAAUGUGGCACCUGUAUGAAUCAAUGAAAUUCCUCGAGUCAAUUGUCAAGAGAAGAAGGCGUUAUGGACAAGCUGUUUAUGAGAGCAAGUUUAUGGAGGAAAAAACUGACAUGAAAAUAGAUAUUUUUGAGGAACCAAUCUCUUCACCUCAACUUUUCAUGAAUGCUAGUGAUUUGAUGAGAAAUGAUAUAACUAAAGAUCCAUCAUCAAAUAGCAAUAACAACCAUUUUGAUGCUGCUGAGGUAACAAAUUCAUCAGAAUCAAAAGAAAUUAUGUACACCUUGGAGAAACAGGAGGCAGAAUCAAGCGAUUUUGUAUUUGGGAAGUAUGUGGCUCUGAGACUGAGGGAAAUGACUCCAAGGAGUAGGAGGAGGGCCAAACAAAUCAUAUGGGAGGCACUGGAAUGUUAAGCUAUUAUAAAUUCUAUUAUUUAUUACUUAAGUAAAUUCGCUAUUCUAAUAAUUUU